GUGCGUCAUUGCUCUCAGAAUCGGCAGCCAUUUUCAGGCGCUGUCGUAUAUUCCAACAAUAAUUUGACUUAAUAAGCGGCAAAGGAGGUGGUAGCAGAAGUUAACCGCUUUUGAUGAGAUAAAGAGCAUUGCAAAACGGGCAAUGAGUGUCGAAGCAGCCGGUGAUUCACCGAGCUUUGACAGCAAUGGAACCGAAAUAUCCGCGAUAGCUGGAGCGCCAUCUGGAGGAAGUGAUUAUGUUCCCGCGAAAGCUAAGAGGUCCAAGCUUGAUGUCUUGGUUAAAAAACUUCAGGUUCAGGGAGAGACUUCUAACCCAGCUUCCCCAGUGGAAUUGGAACAAGUAAAGGCCAGCAGUAGUGGGUCUUCCAGAAGGAAGCCCAAAGUAACCAGGAAGUAUGUGGAAUCAGAGGAAGAGGAGGGGGAGGAGGAAACCUCUGGCAACAUGGCCCCGUUGCUGCCUGUUGUUACCCCUAUAGAUCUUGACUGUGGAGGAGACGCUGAGAACAAAGUUAGAGAAGAUAUUCAACUAGAUGACCAGGGAAAUCCUAUACUACCUGAAGGCACAGUGAUGGUUCAGCCAGUUGCUGUGGAAGAUUUGAAGUCUUCACCAUUCAAGGGUCCAGAAGUAAAAACCAGGUCACGAAAAAUGAUGAAUGUUGAAGAUCCAAAUGCCAUUGUAAACUGCACAGCAUGUGGUAAGCAAGUAAAUCACAAGAUCAGAGGCAAGGUCCUGCGGCACCCUAUACUCAGAGUACUCAUCUGUAAGAAAUGCUACAAGUACUACAGCAGUGGGGAGUUUGAUAAGGACGAGGAUGGUUUUGAUGAGCAAUGUCGUUGGUGUGCCGAGGGUGGAAGACUGCAGUGUUGUGACUACUGCACCAAUGCUUUCUGUCGUAACUGUAUCAAGAGAAACUUGGGGCGGUCCGAAUACUCCGCUGUGGAAGGUCUUGGUGACAACGAGAAAUGGCGUUGUUAUGUGUGCAAUCCUCUCCCCCUCACUGACCUGGUGGCUCAGUGCACUAACGUCCUGGCAGCAGUGGAAAAGGAACACAGAGCUGACCAGCGGAAGCAAGAGACCCUGAAGUCAAAAUUGGCUAAGAAAACUGAUAAACAGAAGGACCCUGAGUCGACAACAUUGGCGAAAAAGUCUCAAAGGAAUACCGCAAACAAGAGUAAGGAACCCACAGCUUCUUGUAGCGAUAAAGUGUUACCAGUUCAAAUUCAUUCUUCUACAGCUGUCACUGAUGCUGACCCUCCAGCUAACUUUCAGGCACAGCUGUACCUGGAGGCUCAGUAUAUCGACACAGUUCUAGACAAGCAGUUAGCUGCCACACAUUCUAUGACCAAAUUCCUGAGGGAAAUGAAGGAGCAGGUCAGAGUGUCAGAGAAGGGGUUUGUCAAUAAAAAGGUCACUGUUAAAAACAUGGUGACAAGAAUUGAAGUUGCCAAGAAACUGAGGCGGGCUGUGGUCACCUACCAGGCCAAACUGGGCAGUAUUCAGGCCAUGGCCAGGCAUGCUCAGCUGUCACAGAGGAUGGCUGUCAUCCACAAAGCGGCUGUACUUCCCACCCAGACUUCCUCUCACACUAAAACAGCACCCAGCAAGGAGGAUGAGGGCUCUGAUGAUGAUAUACAGAUCAUUGAAGAGGUUUCUUCUCCUGCUCCACGAACCCCCAUCCCUGCCCCUGUUGUGCCAGACGAAGACCCCACACCACCCCUUGCCACCACAGUGGAAGCCCCCAUUUUAGUCAAUCUCAAUCCAGACAUGGGUACCAUUCAUGUGAACGCAGGUUCCGGACAGUCGGUUCAGGAGGAUAAGGACACGGAGUCCAAGAGUCAGACCAAUGGUCAUUGUGAUGCUAAUGACCAGGGGUCAAAGAAGAGACGGCAUGGGGACAGCGAUGAUGAUGAUGAUGAUGAUGACCAAGGACCCAAGGGUCAAGCUGGCAAACAGUCCAGGACUCCUGGGUCAGGAUGGUUCCGCAUCAGGCUGAAGGGAGGCAAUAAGGUGUCAAGUGAUUCCGGGGGGAAAGGAGGAGAUAAGGGGGGCAGAGAGAACAAAGACUCGGAACCUGACAAACCGAAUGUUGAUGAUGAAGGACAGGACAGUGACAAGCAUCGCAAGAAUACUGAGAGUGCAGAUGGUAAUGACAACAGUCACAGUGAUAUUGAUAAUGAACUGAGAGAAGAAUUGCAAGGUAUUGAUGAAACAAGCAUGGAUAUAGCCCAAGCCGAAAUUGCAAAAAAGACAGAUACGGGUGAAAGAAAUGCCAAAGCUGAUUCUGAAGAGGGUCAAGGCACGAAGUCAAGUGGAAAAGAUGAAAUAACACCUGAUCAAACUGAGGAUGGGGACUCGGGCAUGAAGAUGGUGGAUGAUGAUGAAAAUCAAGAUAAGAGAGAGAUUGAGAAACCUAAAACAGCCCUGGACAAUUUUUUGAAAGAGCUGGAUGAAUUAAAUUCAUGUGAUAGUGGAACACAAGAGGAGCAGACCAUGAGUUUAGAUAAUGAGAAUGAAAAUCUAGAAGAAUUAGAGUUGGAAGAAAUGGGUUUUAGUUCAGGAAAAGAGGACAGACUCGAGUGCAGUGAUGAAGAAAACAGAAAAGAAAAAUUAGGUGAUGAAGAGAAAAUAAUGUCCAGUGAUACUGUAGAAGAAUUGGAAUCUGCUAAGAAAGUGGAACCAAGGCAUGAAAAAGAAGACUCUGAUGCUGAGAAAAAGGAAACUGACAGUUGUGAAUCUAAUGGUGCUAAAAAGACUAAGAACAUAGGUUCUGCUUGUGAAACAGAGAGUUUUAAAAAAAGGACAUCUAAGAUGGAAAAGGAGUUCUCUGACAGGCUAUCUAAACGUGAGAAGUCAAAGAUAACAAGAUCAAACAAAGAGGAGGAAGAAGACGGCCAUGUAUCAGGUCCUGAAUCCAGGAGGAGAACAAGAAGAAAGCUUAUUGUCAGAGAAACAGGCACAAAUUCAAAUGGGUCAUCUGAUGAGGAAGGAGGCCAGAUAUCAGGCUCUGAAUCCAGGAGAAGAACAACAAAGAAGAUGAUUGCCAAAGAAAAUGGCACAGAUUCUGGUGGGUCAUCUGAUGGGGAAGAUGGCCAGAUAUCAGGUUUUGUUUCUAUGAGGAAAUCAAGAAAAAAGCUUCUUGCCAAAGAAUCUGGUACAAUGUCAGAUGGUUCAUGUGAUGAAGAAGAAAUGAUACAGCAAAAAACAAAAAUGACAGGAGAGAAAGAUGAAUUACGUGAAAAGGAAAAGAAAUGCAGUAUUGAGAAGGACACAGAAUUGUCACAGCAAACCUCAGGGACAUCAAAAAGUGAUGAAAGAUCUGAUCCAGAUAUUGGAAAAAGGAAAAAGAAAACUGUACUUUACCAGCAUUCUAAAUGUUCACCUAAAAUGACGAAUGGCUUGAUAUCGGAUAGUGAUAACAAUGAAAUAGAUGAGCAUUCUGGCGAUGAAGUGAACACAGAAACAUAUAACGCAGAAGAAAGUGAUGAUGUAAAACGAGGAAAGAAAGGAAAAUCGAGGAAAGAUGAUGUUGAUAGCAGCGAAGAAAAUAUCCAGGCUAAACAGCAGUUAGAAAAGUGGAUGAAAGAGGAAUUGGGGAGUGAAAGUGAUGAGUCGUCUGAUGAUUCUUUGGGGAUCAGUAAUUCUGAUUCGGACACAGCAAAGAAGAGGAAAAAGAAGAAAAAAAUGGCUGCACCAGAAGGCAAAAAGCCCAGUAAACCUACUCGUGACCACUCACUGAGUGCCAGGUUGCGUCUAAAAUAUGGGUUGGAAGAUCCAAAGAUCCUGAAACCAGUCAAGGUCCUUGUAUCAAGAGAAGAUGGAGGCCAUGAGCAACCUAAGAAACACAAGAAACCAAUCUCAGAAACGCAGCAAAAGACAAAAGCCAGGGAGGUCGAACACCAUGUGUCUGACUCGUCGAAUUAUGAUUCUGAUCUGGAAAAGGAAAUUGAUAAGCUUGCCAAUAUUCCCUUGCGGAAGAAAAAGAGAACAAAGAGGGAAGAUGAAGCUGUGGAAAGGGGACCUAGUGAUGAAGAGAAAAGGGAAAACAAGACUAGAAAAAAUCGGGAGAAGACCACUCCCAAGAAGAAGCGCAGCGACAGCAGCUCUGAUUCCGUUGAUUCAGAGUCUGACACUGAUAUUGAGGAAGAGGAGGAAGAGGAGGUCAAUUUGCUCAGUAAUGAUGAGAAGAAGCUUAAAGCAAUCAAAUUGAAGAACGAGGAAGAAGAUGAAAAUAUUCGUGCUAAGCAGGCGAUGCUGAGGGAGAUGAGUGAUGAAGAAGAGGAGGAGGACGAUGUCUCUGACAACAGCUCAGAUGAUAAUUCUGAAAACUUAGCAACCAAAAAGAAAAAAUCUAAAGAAAAUGGUGCACUCAGUGAAAGUAGUGACAGUGACUUUGUAACCCCCAAAAAGUUGAAGAAAAAUCUGAAGCUUCUAAGGGUAAAAUUAAGCGAAAGUGAUUCUGAUGCUCCUGUCAGUACAAAAGAGAAGAAGAAAAAGAUUAAGAGGAGCAAAAAGAGGAAGAGGAAAACAAACAGCGAUGAAAGUGAUGCUAGCAGUACAAACUUCUCGUCCAUUGAAAUAAUGUCUGAAGAUUCUGAUUUUGAAUCUAAGAAAAAGAGUAGAAGGGAUAAAAAGAACAAAAAAGAGAAAGACAGCGAAAGCCUUUUUUCCUCAGAUGAAUCUGAUGAAGAUUUAAAAACUAAAAAAGGGAAGAAAGGCAACGAAAGAUCCUACACCAAGAAGGGAAAUAAAAAGAGGAAACGUAUCAAACUGGCAUCUGACUCUUCUAAUGAAAGCAACAAGAACAGUGAUGAAGAAGCAGGAAGUGGAGAUGAAAAUGAUGAUGAAAAUACACCUGGAAGAAAGAGAAAGAAGAUCAGAAAAAUUUUAAAGGAAGACAAACUACAGGAAGAAACCAAAACGGCAGCCAAACUAGAAGAAGAAAGGCGGAAAAGAAUCUCAGAUAGACAGCAACAAUUUAAUGUUGUUUUAAUGGAGGAUGGCGGUUCCCCUAACAAGUGUCCUGUAGCCACACAAUUGGUGCUAGAAAUGAAGAAAGACUCGGAUAAACCUCUGAUUCAAGUUAACAAAUCCCUUGUGAAAAAUCUGAAACCACAUCAGAUUGAAGCUGUCCAGUUUAUGUGGGAUUGUCUUAUCGAGAGUUUGGACCAGUAUAAGAAGGACCCUGAGGGAUCUGGCUGCAUUCUGGCUCAUUGUAUGGGAUUAGGGAAGACAUUGUCUGUUAUCACAUUUGCCCACACAGUAUUAACCCAUCCCAAGUACCUGCCAUUCAGGAGAUGUCUGGUUAUCUGUCCACUGAACACUGUGCUGAACUGGCAGAAUGAGUGGACCAAGUGGCUGGAAGAGGAAGACAGGCUGGAUGUUUAUGAGCUGUCCAGUGUGAAGAAUAACCACAGCAGAGCCGACUGUUUACAAGACUGGCAUGAAGGGGGCGGGGUCAUGAUUAUGGGAUAUGAGAUGUUCCGCAACCUUAGUCAGAGUGUCCGAGUCAGAAACAAGAGACAGAAGAGGAUAUUCGCUGAAACCCUGCUUGAUCCAGGUCCAGACAUAGUGGUAUGUGAUGAGGGCCAUGUGCUGAAGAAUUCCACAUCAGCAAUAUCCAAGGCCGUGUCUCAAAUAAAGUCUAAGAGGAGAGUGGUGCUGACAGGAACACCACUGCAGAAUAACCUGAAGGAGUAUCAUUGCAUGGUGGACUUUGUAAAGCCUAACUUAUUAGGAACAGCCAAAGAGUUCGGCAAUCGGUUUGUGAACCCCAUCAGCAAUGGGCAGUGUAAAGACUCCACACCACACGAUGUAAAGAUCAUGAAGAGAAGAGCUCAUAUUCUUCAUGAUUUGCUGUCAGGUUGUGUGCAGAGGAAAGACUACUCAGCCCUGACCAAGUUUCUUCCCCCUAAGUUUGAGUAUGUUCUGUUGGUGCGCCUGUCCAAACUUCAAGUUCUUUUAUAUAGAAAGUACUUGCAGUGUGUUCAAGGGGUGGACGAUGACGGAAUGGCAGUAGUUGGAAGGGGAGCUAAGAUUUUCUCUGAUUAUCAAGCUCUUAUGAGAAUAUGGACACACCCUAGAGUAAUGAGAUAUGAUCAGAUUAGACGGGAAAAUAAGGCAUUUCUUGAAGAUAACGACUCAUUCAUUGAUGAUGAAAGUGAUAUGAGUUCCUUCAUAGAUGAUGGCAGCUCUGACAGUAUAAUAGAUCUCUCUGACAGUGACCAGGAACCAGGCCCCAGUAAAGGAAAGAACAAGAAGAAAGGCAAAGGUAAAAAAAGCUGUGAAUCACAAAGUGAUGAUGAGGUAGUGAAAGAAUGGAAGACAAGGAAGAGAGGAGGGGAUGGCUCAGAGCCCGAAGAGGUUGUGCCUGAAGUUCAGGCUCUAAUGAAGUCUGAAUGGUGGCAUGAGUUUGUGACUGAGGAAGAUGAAAAGAAAAUAGAGAACAGUGGCAAGCUCUUGUUGCUGUUUGAAGUUCUUAGAAUGGCCGAGGAGAUUGGUGAUAAAGUGCUGGUAUUCAGCCAGUCUCUUCUGUCCUUGGACUUGAUACAGGAUUUUUUGGAAGAUUUGGACAAGAAAGCACGAGAGGAAAUGGAAAAAACAAAGGAGGGGGAUGAGAAGGCGGAAGAUGGGUUCCAGCGCACAUGGGUCCAGGGUGCAGACUACUACAGAAUGGAUGGCUCCACACCAGCACAGACACGACAGAACUGGGCAGAGGAGUUCAAUGAUCCAGACAACUUCAGAGCUCGCUUAUUCCUCAUAUCCACCAGAGCUGGUUCUUUGGGGAUAAAUUUAAUUGGUGCUAACCGAGUGAUCCUUUUUGAUGCCUCUUGGAACCCCUCUCAUGAUGUCCAGUCUAUAUUCAGAGUGUACAGGUUUGGCCAGACCAAGCCGUGUUAUGUGUACAGGUUUUUAGCUCAGGGCACAAUGGAAGAAAAGAUCUACGAGCGUCAAGUGACAAAACUCUCGUUGUCCCAGCGAGUUGUGGACGAGCAUCAGAUUGACCGCCAUUUCACAGCACAGGAUCUCCAGGAGUUGUACAAUUUUAAGCCUGAUCUUCUGGAUGACCCUGACAGGGUUGAGAGACCCACUCCAGCUUUACCUAAGGAUCGAGUCCUGGCUGAGUUACUGACAAGUCACAAAGAUUGGAUCGUUCAGAUUCUGGAGCAUGACUCUCUCCUUGAAAACAAGAUAGAUCAGACACUUACAGAGGAGGAGCGCAAAGCAGCCUGGGAAGAGUACGAAAAUGAGAAGAAAGGAAUACGGAGAGAGAUGUCUUCAUUUUAUGGCCCAGGUGCUUCUGGUAGUGUGGGUCCCAUCCAGUACAGUCCUGCAGUAUUGGCCUUGUAUCAGAGCCUGUGUAUCCAGAUGCCAAGUCUAGCUGUCAUGGUGAAACCCAUCAUAGAGAGUAACCCUCGGAUCACAGCGGCAGAGCUGCAGAUCAAGAUACAAGGUCUGCUUAGGUACCAACAAGUUACACAGCAAAUGCAGAAGGAGACCCUGGAAAAGCAGCAGCAGCAGGCGUACCAACAAUACCAGCAGCUUCAGAGACAGCGACAGCUGCAGGAGAACGUCGUUCAGAUGGCGCGACAACGCCAGGCCUUGUAUGAAAAAUUUGCAAGUUCUGGAGGAUCGCGACCAUGAGGAGAAAAAAUAUAGAGAGUGACACUGCAGUGACUGAUUUACAUCCUACGUAAGGUUGGAAACGUGUCCAGAGUCUAUCACUUAAAUUUUGAGACCCGUGACAACGUUCACAAAGUUACCUGUGACGGCGAAAAAAAUGUCUGGGGGGCUUGCAAUGGAUUUCUCGUUGUUCACACAUUUUGUAGCCUCUGCACUCUAUUUUUGUAACUUUUCGAAUAAUUCUGUGAACAGAUGCACCCUGUCGAAUAGUCGCUCACUGCUUUUUUGUUGCGUUCAUAUCCUGAACUUUACAGUAUAUUAUGUACUCAGAAGCACCAGAAAUGUCUAACUAGGCUCUUUUUUAGUCUCUGGUGGGCUUUAUACAGUUUAUUUUACUCACUGAUCUUCAAUGUUUUGUUGUCGGCCAUAUAAGUUUCUUUUAUGAAA